UUAAAAUUUCUCAACAAAUGUGCAGUUUCUGUGGGCCCGAGGGGGUGAAGUCCCCCAGACAUGCGUUUACCACAUCUCGAUUCUUCCGUGAGAACAGGUGGAAAAUGAGCAUCACAGAUGUCCUCAGCGCUGACGACAUUGCAGCAGCCCUGCAAGAGUGCCAAGAUCCAGAUACCUUUGAACCCCAAAAAUUCUUCCAGACAUCGGGCCUUGCUAAGAUGUCGGCCAGUCAGGUGAAGGAUGUUUUUCGUUUCAUAGACAACGACCAGAGUGGGUACCUGGAUGAAGAAGAGCUGAAGUUUUUCCUCCAGAAGUUUGAGAGUGGUGCUAGAGAACUGACCGAGUCAGAAACCAAGUCCUUGAUGGCAGCUGCAGACAAUGACGGAGAUGGGAAGAUCGGGGCUGAUGGUAUGUUCACACCCGUACACGAGAGACUUGAGCUCAGGUGGCAUUCAGAGCAGUGGGGUUAAGCCAUGAGGUCAGACAGAUAUGGGUUAAACCCCCCCUUUCUUCAGCUUGCUGAGCCUCAGUCUUUUCAUCCAUAAAAGUAAAGUGAGGAUGCAAAUGAUCUAUGUCAAGACUCUGGCACGGGGAUAUAACAUAGAAGGUAGCCCCACUGAUCACUGUCUAUGAACCAGAAAAUACCUUUCACCUGACCAGGGUACUAGCUACUAGCCUGGCCCAUUAUUUGCAAGACACCCUGAUGUUAGGAAUCUCCAGCAGUGGGAUUUGAGUCUCUCUGAAUAAGGGAAGAAUUGACAUUCUCAAGUACAUUUCAUACCAAAGUAUCUAUUUGAUACUUUUGAGUAGGAAAGGAUCUUAGCUUGCAAGAGUUUAAAGAAAUAUGUUUUCCUGAACAUUAGCAUACCAAGGAGGCAAUACUAAGAUAACACUAAAUCAAUCACCAUUUGUGCAGCCUUCUGGGUGCAGAGCCCUGUAUUCAAAUUUUAGCAUAACUGCAUGUCUGUAGGAUUAUCUUCAUCUGAUUCUGUCAUGUUACCACAUGUUUUUCCUACUUCGUGCAUGUCAGCUCAGGAGUACUUAUCUGUGUUCCUUAUGGUGGUACUAAUUAAAAUGUAAAACUGCUACUUUAGAUCCUUAUCUUAAAAAUCUACUCAAAAUGAUACCACUAUCACUUACUACAUGGGAGUUAAUGCAGCCUAUAUAGAUAGCUCAGAAAAAUAUUUCAGGUAAGGGAAAAUAGAUUUAUUUAAACUUACUCAUGAAAGACUUCAAACAAGCAAAGCUUACCAAUAAAUAUAAAGCAAAUCCCAGUUUUCAACUUCACUCUGGAGCAUCCACAUCUUAUUAUCAUCUUUUAGUAAUAUAAAUUCGGGGGGCAAGGUUAGGGUCCAGUAGAGAAAAGUCAGCUCAAAGUCCCAAACCAUUAAAUGUUUCCUAAAUAUACAAUAAGUAGCUACUGAACAGAAGGAGGAAGCUCCCAUUUCUGUCCUGAAUUGACCAGACACCGUGAUGGGCUGCUACAAUGAAUUCAUUCCUCGUCAGAGAAACGACUGGAUUGGCAAGUUAUAACACAAGGGGCUCUGGUGCAAAAUUAAAGAUGUUUGUCACAUGAGAUUAGGCGGGAAGACGGGACACUGCAGACUGUCAGUGACACCUUUUCCUCUUCCUGCGCCCUUGGAGGGGGCCAUGGCCGUCAUCUGACAAUGCGCUUGGUUCUCUUUCCUCUUCAGAACCCUCACUGGCAGUAGCCUGUUUGUACAGUGCCAAGCCUUCCCCGCUGACCCUGUUCUCACCUCUUCUCUUCUAGAGUUCCAGGAAAUGGUACAUUCUUAAAGGGCCCACACUGUGGAGCUAGAAUCAGCUGGAAGGCCUCCAAAGCCCCAGGAAUUGGGACACCCCACCUCCUCCCCCUAAUUUAUUAAUCUCCCCCUAAAUGCUUCUAUAGCUUGCCCGUUGUGUUAGUGAGGUCGUCAGACAGUCAUCCGUGACUUUUUGGCGGUGGGUAUGCCCUAAGAACUCCUGUAAGGCCCUCAGCCCACAAAAAUGCCUUAAAAAAAAAAAUCACCCAAUAAAGACACCUUUCUCAUCAUCUGUUGAUGUGUGGGUGUGGUUUCUUCCUCUACGAGGGAUGAAAGCGAUUUGAAGACCGAGGGAGGAAUUUUAGGAAGAUUUCUGGUCUUAGUCGAGCGCUAAGCCAUCCUUACUUGCAUUGUGCACAAGCACAAUGGAAAGGAGGUUGGGGGAAAAAAGGUCACAAAUAAAUGGCAUCAUCAGGCUAGGAUUUUCUCAGCAAUUUGUCUGAGUCUGAAACGCCUAUGAAGAGAUUUUUCCAGCGGAAAGUCAUGCUUGCUUAUGUGUUUUCUGCUACUGGGUGUCAGGUUGUUAUAAGAGAGAUUUAGGUAAAAGCAAAUAGUACAAGACAGAAAAAAGUGCAAGGCUACAACGGCCCUAAAGCUGAGGAAACCUGCAGUGCUGGUUGAGACAAGCAGACGUAUUUUCAAGCUGAUUUUUUUUUUUCCCUUAGGAAAACAGGUUAUCAGAGACUUGCUGGCUCUGACCAAAUCUCCUGCCACUCCCUUCUCCACCCUCCCACCUCACCUUCUUCCUCCUUCUCCCUUCUCCUCUCUCCUUUCUCAGCCACUAUUUUCCUGGCUCUUAUUUGAUACCACCUGAACCAAUUACACCCAGAAUUGCCCGAACUAUUGAGGCGAGACUCAGGUUCCUGUUACAGGUCUUUCACUAAGGUGGGGCAACCUCAAGCCAGGAAAUUCUCAUUAGGCUGACUUCCAGGUGGCAGGUUUGAGCUGUUCUCUCUGGCUGACCCCGCGGGUGAGGACUCCUGGGAGGAACCGAGGCACAUUCCCGGAGCGAGUUUACAAGCUCCCACUUCUUACCCGAUACCCAAACUCACAGUGCCCUGGCCCCUCUUGGGUUUGCUGCCAUCCUGCUGAGUGGCUUAUCUACUUCAAGCUCCUGUUUUUUGCAGGUUGUGGCAGAGCAGAUUUUCAAAGUGUGGGCUAUGUACUACAAGGGGAUCUCAAGGUGAUUUUAUGGGGGCAGGGGCCAACACUAUUAAAUGUGAUAGCCACCUAUUUGUUUUAAUAGGUGUCAGAAAGAUAAAAGUAGCACAAACUGGAUUUUAAUAUCGCUGCUUUAAAAUAAGGCUAUUAGACAUUUGAAAGCAUACUAAGGGACUUCCUUGACGGUUUAGCAGUCUAGUGGUUAAGACUCUGAACUCCCAAUGCAUGGGGCACAGGUUCACUCACUCACGGGGGAACUAGGGUCCCACAUGCCACACAGAGCAGCCCAAAGGGAAAGAGAAAGUGUCAUGAUUUGAAGAAUAUUAAGUCAUGCAGAGGGGCUUCCCUGGUGGCUUGGCGGUAAAGAACCUGCCUGCAACCCAAAAG